CUUCCGCACCCCCCCACUUCCGCGAUGGACUCGGUCCUCCUCGCCUCGGAACCCAUGCCAGAGGGAACCCAAGAAGUCCGGGGUAUCGACUUUGACAAAUUCCAGGGCCGCGAUAUUACCGUGGCCGAGUUGGUCGAGAACCUGACCACCACUGGCUUUCAGGGUAGUGCGGUUGCUGAAGCUGCCCACAUCAUCAACGAGAUGCGCGCCUAUCGUAACCCUGAGACCGGCGCGAAAACGACCAUCUUCCUCGGCUAUACAUCGAACCUAAUUUCCUCCGGACUACGAGAUACCCUACGCUACCUUGUGAAGCAUAACCAUGUAUCGGCAAUCGUGACCACCGCAGGUGGUGUGGAAGAAGAUCUGAUCAAGUGCCUCGCCCCGACCUACCUGGGUUCAUUUAGCACACCCGGUGCGGGUCUCCGUGCGAAGGGACUGAACCGGAUUGGCAACUUGCUGGUGCCUAACAACAACUACUGUGCCUUCGAGGACUGGGUGGUGCCGAUUCUGGAUACCAUGUUGGAGGAACAGGAGGCUGCCAAACGCAAGGCUCUGGAGACAGGCGACGAGGAAGACGAGCUCCACUGGACGCCGAGCCGGAUCACCGAGCGCUUGGGACGAGAGAUCAAUAACGAAGAUUCCGUACUCUACUGGGCGGCUCGUAAUAAUAUUCCCGUCUUCUGCCCAGCUUUGACGGAUGGGUCUUUGGGGGAUAUGCUCUACUUCCAUACAUUCAAGUCCUCGCCGCAGCGACUGCGCGUGGACAUUGUGGACGACGUGCGGCGGAUCAAUACUAUGGCCGUGCGGGCGGCACGUGCCGGCAUGAUCAUUCUGGGGGGUGGUGUGGUCAAGCACCACAUUGCCAACGCGUGCUUGAUGCGGAACGGGGCCGAACACGCGGUUUAUAUUAAUACGGCGCAGGAGUUUGACGGCAGCGAUGCAGGCGCCCGGCCUGAUGAGGCGGUGAGUUGGGGCAAGAUCAAGAUUGAUGCCAAAUCCGUCAAGGUAUAUGCCGAGGCCACUGUGGUCUUCCCUCUAAUUGUGGCGGCCUCGUUUGCGCGGGCACAGGGCCAGGCCCAGGCAAAGGCACAGGCACAGCCUGAGACCGAGACCGAAACCUCGUCUUAA